AUGGCACUCGUCGCCCCAGCAAGCACCGAUUUCACCCACCCAGCACCAAGAAUCAACAACAGGAUUAUUCAAUUAGGCACCCCACAGGUCAUAAUGAGCAUCAACCAGUCAAAUUCUUGGCAGGAAAAAGCAGCCAGAAAACGAGAGGAAAAUGCAAACAGAAUACCGUCUGAAUGGAGAGUAUCGGACCAAUUCAUGGCCAAAUUCGAUGCACCAUUGUCCGAUCAUAAAAACGACCUCAUUCGAGCUGGAGCUGUUCGUGAAUCUGGAAUUCUGACAGAUCAUGAGCUUAAGAUUACCGAAGAGUAUUCAGUUACUGACCUGAUCUCUGCGUUGGCAAAUGGUAGCCUCACCUCUGUUGAGGUGACUUUGGCUUAUUGCAAACGUGCCGCUGUGGCUCAACAACUGGUCGCAUGUCUCGCCGAAACUAUGUUUGCGGAAGCCCAGGAGCGAGCUCAAUAUCUGGAUGAUUUACGAGCUCAGGGAAGACUAGCGGGUCCACUCCAUGGUCUUCCUGUUAGUAUCAAGGAUAACUUCCAUUUCAAGGGUAGAGAAGCAACUAUCGGAAUGGUAUCCUUUCUGGGUGACGUCUCGACCGAGAACUCGGCUCUUGUGAAUAUUCUUCUACAGCUCGGCGCUGUGCUUUAUGUGAAGACAAAUGUGCCCCAAACAAUGAUGACAGCCGAUUCUCACAAUAAUGUCUUUGGACGCACUCUGAACCCUUGGAAUACCACCCUUGGACCCGGUGGGUCUAGUGGUGGAGAAGGGGCUCUGAUUGCUCUUCGGGGGUCACCUAUUGGUUUUGGAACAGAUAUUGGUGGGUCCGUCCGUAUUCCAGCUCACUGCUGUGGAACCUACGGUUUCAAACCAAGCGCUUCAAGAGUUCCCAACGGUGGCAUGCGCAUCUGCACCACGCCUGGAAUGAAGUUUGUUCUAUCUUGCAUUGGUCCCCUUUCACUGGAUCUGGACGGAAUCGAGACUGUUUUCACGGCACUUUUCAACGCACGCCCUGCCAACUAUGAUUCCAGCAUUCUCGACGUUCCAUGGAGACAAGUUGACAUCAAACCAGUUCUCAGGAUUGGGAUUGUUCCGGAAUCUUCUAUGUUUCCUCUCCACCCACCUAUUCGGAGAGUUUUAACCGAAGCAGUUCGCUUGUUAGAAGCCGAGGGGCAUCGACUUAUUUACUUAGAUGAGAAAGAUUGCCGGGUUGUUGAGGCAAAUGAGAUAGCCUGGAACAUAUUCAAUCUGGACCAGAAUUCCAGGAAACUGAUUGAAUCAGCGGGUGAGCCAGUUGUCCCGGCUAUUGAACAUAUUACGAGGCAAUUUGGGAGACUGGGGCAAAUUAUCAUACCUUCUCUACCCGAAAUGAGCACCCUUGACAGGAUGGAGAAGUUGGCUCUCUUGAAUGUACGACGGGCAGAGCUGCGAGAGGCUUACCGGAAGCUGUGGGUGCACCACAAUCUUGACAUAUGCAUUGCACCUCCGGCCCAACACACUGCAGUAUCGCAUGAUAUGUUUGGGCUUGCUGUUUAUACCACAUUCUUGAACUGUUUGGAUUAUCCAUCAUGUAUCCUGCCAUUUGGGGAAGUGGGCGACGAGGAUGCCGGAAAGACCUUUGAACUUAAAGAAGAUCAAUUGGCGCCUGAAUAUAACUUUGAUCAGCUCAAAGGCGCGCCGUGUUCCAUUCAGCUUUUCACCACCACCAUGCGGGAUGAGGAAUGCUUGCAAAUGGCGAAGCAAAUCGAUCAGUGCCUGAAGGGUCCAGCACAGAACCAAGGGAAGAGAGCUUCCAAUAUCUAG